AUGUUCUUCCAAGUGCCUUCGAAAGCAAUCGUCACCCCUGCCCAACUUGAGUACUUCCAGACCUCAACAACACAUAACGAUGUCCUUGCCUACAUCAGCGUUUUAAACGAAGCGGUAGUUGGCGUGAAACUCAGCAGCGAGUGCUCCGAAUCCGAUGGCGUACGUGCCGUACUCGACGUGUUGAACAAAAUCGAGUCUACAGCGGAUGCGAUCCCACCUGUCGAUAAUGCUGCCUCGCGAUUCGGCAACCCCGCCUUUCGGACAUUUUACGAUCGUGUAGUUGAGCUGUCGCCUUCCCUUCACGCCACUCUCUCGAUUCCCGCAGAGGCUCAUGAAGAAGUCGGAGCGUAUCUCAUGGAGUCCUGGGGCAAUCGCACACGAAUCGACUACGGAAGUGGGAUGGAGCUUAACUUUCUCUGCUGGCUAAUGUGUCUUGAACGGCUUGGUGCUCUUCAAGAAAGCGACCAUACUGCACUUGUCAUCCGUGUCUUCUGGCGUUAUCUUCGCAUCAUGCGUAAACUCCAGUCGACCUACUGGCUAGAGCCUGCCGGGUCGCAUGGUGUUUGGGGACUGGACGACUACCAUUUCCUCCCGUUUUUAUUUGGAUCGGCUCAACUUCGGGGGCACAAGUAUAUUCGGCCAAAAGCAAUUCACGACGCAGAGGUGGUGGAAGAGUACUCAAAAGAGUACAUUUAUUUUGCCUGCAUUCAGUUCAUCAACUCGAUUAAAUCCGCCUCCUUACGCUGGCACUCGCCCAUGCUAGACGACAUCUCCGCUGUCAAGACCUGGGACAAGGUCAACUCCGGCAUGGUAAAGAUGUACACGGCCGAAGUCCUCGGCAAGCUUCCUGUUAUACAACACUUUUUAUUUGGCUCUCUUCUCAAAUACGGUGGACCGGCAGCCCCUGUCGGUGCCGAUGAUGGUCAUACGGGCCAUAAACAUGAAGGAUGGGGCGACUGUUGCGGAAUUCCGGUGCCUAGUGUGUUUGCGGCGGCGAAUCAGGAGAGAAAGGAGGGCCCGCGGAUAGUAGGCGAAGGAAUUCGAAGAGUCCCAUUCGAUUGA